ACUAAAAUAGAGGAUAAACUCAAGCGCCACACUGCCAAUAAAAACCCUCCUCUCCCAUCCUGUUGCCCCUUCCUUUUCUCGUAGAUUCCAAACUCCUCCACUGCUGUGCUGUUCAAACGCCAUCACCUCCGUGACCCCGUCCUUACUAUUCAUGUUCAUCCUUUCGAUCUGAACGAUAACUUCCAUUUUGGACUAGUUCAUGAGCUGAAGUGAUACCGAUUGUCACGAACGAACUCAAAAGCUUUAGAAAGUGGAUCGAAGGCAUGGCAAGCGGCCACUUCCUUUGGAAGCAUCGGAGGAGAAAAAGGAACAGCAUUUCUUUGAACCCGCUGCUUACUCAUCAGCUAGGGCAGAAGAGGAUAGUUCCACCAUGGUUUCAGGCCUCACUACAAUUAUCGGAACCGGUGACAUUAACCCAUCACCAGCUCUGGUGCAAUCUGCCAUUUCAGACAUGAGACAAGAUCAUGACCCUUCUCAACCGAUGCAAGAUAAAGGAACUUCGAGGAAACAUUACAGAGGAGUAAGACAAAGACCUUGGGGCAAAUGGGCGGCUGAAAUUCGUGACCCAAAGAAGGCAGCCCGGGUUUGGCUUGGCACGUUUGACACUGCUGAGGAUGCGGCGCUUGCAUAUGAUGAAGCUGCACUCAAGUUCAAAGGCUCCAAGGCUAAGCUCAAUUUUCCCGAACGAGUUCAAGGGAAGACUGAGUUGCGAUACUUCACGGGUCACACCAGUUAUGGAGAUUCGUUUUACUCUCCUGAUCAAAUUCCUGAGCCAAAUGUUCCCCCUCCGAUGAUGUCACAAGACACUUAUCCAGACCUUUUUCAAUAUGCACAACUACUUUCAAGCAAUGACGUCGAAUUCCCUUACUUCACUUCUGCUCUCUAUGAUCAACAUCUGUUUGUUCCACCACAGUCUUCAUCAACGGCUUUGUCCUCUAUCACCUCAGUGCCACAGCAGCAGAACCAGAACCAGAACCAGCUAGAAGGACAAUAUGACGGCCAUGUCUCAAGUACUUUGUCAUCACAUGAGUUGGGGGAGAGCUUUUCUAGUUCUGGCUUUCUGAAGCAUGGUCACAAGGGAUUUGAUGCAAGUCGGUCAAAUGAGUAGCUUAUGAGAGAUUUGUAGGACAAUGAGAAUCAUGGUAUUGACCACUUAGUUAGUUAGAUGUGAUUCUGGAUUAUGUGUUAUCUUCUUCUGAUAUGUCAUUUUUGAGUGGGAGUGUCUUGAUUUUUAACUCCUAUGUUUAUCUUUAUUUCGGACAUAAACGUGUGGUGUAAGUUUUCGAGUGAAGUUGUUCGGACUUAAUCAUCUGGUCUAUAACUUGUUGAUCUGAUCGACUCUUCUUGUCAGUAUAUAGAGUAGUGUGUCCUAUUUUUGUAUGUGGAUCUAUCGUCAAUCAA